CCUCACUCGUAACGUAUUCCAGCUCUCUGUCUCUGCUCUCUCUCUCUCCGCUUCUGUGUGCACAUAAAGGACUCUCUCUCUCUCUCUCGUAGGAAACCAGAAAAAACGGACAACCAAAAUCAGCGAAGACAAUUCCGGAGAUUCCAUUUCCAUCCCCUCUCUCUCUCUCUUUCUCGCUUCUUUCGUCGUCUUCGGAAUUGGCAUUCCUCGUUUCGGGGGAGAACAUCUUUCCGGUUCGCCGGAGCUCCUUGCCGCCCUUUUUUCUCUUUUACUUCUUUCAUUUUUUUUUUUUGGUUUCCCAUGGCGGGAAAAGGAGGGGGCCUGUUCUUGGGUUCUCUGGUGCAUUAGGGUUUGAAGGAGGCGUCCUUCGUUUCGUCUUUCCCGUUGAGCAAAGUCGAGUUUCUCUUCGAGUUCCUUUUUGUUCUUGGCUUGGUUGGUGGAGGCGCAAGAGAGAUCGACGGAGUGGGAAGGCUUUCGUUCCUGGCUUCGGGUGUGGAGUGGUGGGGAAGAAGAUGGACGAGCGAGGAGGGUCGUUCGUCGCCGUGAGGCGGCUCUCCCACGGAAUCGAGCGCGGGAACGGGUGCCAUACCACCUCCGCCGAAGCUGUUACUGGAUCAUCAGCUUGGAUCGGGAGAGGUCUUUCAUGUGUUUGUGUACAAGGAAGAGAAAGUGAUGCUCGUGCUUCUUUCGAUUUAACCCCUUUUCAGGAGGACUGCUUACUCAGGCUGAAGAAUCGGAUAGAAGUUACUUAUGAUAGUUCAAAGCCUGAACAUCAGGAAGCUUUGAGGGCUUUGUGGUCUGCAGCCUUCCCUGAUGAAGAACUUCGUGAUUUGAUAUCAGAACAAUGGAAGCAAAUGGGUUGGCAAGGAAAAGACCCAUCUACUGAUUUUAGGGGUGGUGGAUUUAUAUCUUUGGAAAAUCUGUUAUUCUUUGCAAAGACUUAUCCGAAAUGUUUCCAAGACCUUCUUCGGAAGCAGGAAGGUGACCGAGCCAUGUGGGAAUACCCAUUUGCAGUAGCUGGUGUGAACAUUACGUUCAUGCUGAUUCAGAUGCUUGACCUCCUAUCAGUGAAACCACAAACUCUAUUAGGAGCAAUCUUUGUAAAGUUGCUUGCAGGGGUUGGUGACAUUGAAGACUGUUACUUUACAGAGAACGAGUGGGCAUUUGACUUGUUGUACUGUAUAGCGUUCAAGAUGAUGGAUCAGCAGUGGCUUGCAAUGAGGGCAACAUACAUGGACUUCAACUCUGUUAUGAAGGCCACACGUGCUCAGCUGGAAAGAGAGCUGCUCCUUGAGGAUGUAGCGCGCCUGGAGGACAUGCCUUCUUACAAAUUGCUUCUUCAAUGACGAACAGAAGUUUGUAACUGCGUUGGCUGAACAGCUUUUACUUGUUUGUUUUCCCUCUUGCCGUAUGGCAGAUUUUGCUAUUUGAAAUCCUGCUUCUUUAGGGUUUGAGUUUUUGUCAAUUGAGAGGAGUGGGGGAGGAAGAAAACAUGUGCAUGGCUCCUGUAUGUGAAAAUUUUACAGGCUAUUUGUCUUUGUAUUUUCCUGUGGAAGUCAACCCUCAUCAAAGAGUUGAGCACUUGGAGAGCAGAUGUUGGUGGAGCUUCUUCUGCAAUACAAUUUCUGCCCAUGCAGAUCAGAGACCAUUGCACCUUGGUCUAGCAAACAAGUGGAAGGAGCCACUCGUGACACCUGUUCGUUUGUCCUGACUCCUUUGAAUUUAAACAGCUUGUCUUGGCUCUGCUGGCCGCAAAACCGAGCUGGUAAAAGUCAGGUUGGCUACUUGUUUCCAGACGAGGUUGCUGGGUUUUUUGUUUCUUCUCAAAACCAAUUUAUCUCAACCUCUCUGUAAAAUGUAGGAAAGCAGCAACUAUGGAACACGUGUUCUUCCAAAUAGCGCCUUCUGCUGCAAUUAUAAUUAUAUUAAUUUUGAA